GGAGUGACGUCUCCGAAUGUUGUUGUUGGUGGCGGCGGCGAGCGGAGCCGGAGGAGCCGCCGCAAAGAUGGAGGAGCCGUCGAGGAGGCGCUGCCGCUGCUGCCGCCGCCGCUGCUGCCGCCGCCGCCCGCGAAGCCGGAGCUCGAGCCGCAGGGGGGAUGCUGUUCUGAGUGCCUGACUGCCUCACCCCGAAGGAUGGCCUCUGAUGGGCAGUAGAGGCCAGCAGCCCCGGGCUCCUGUCCCGUCCGUCUGUCUGUUAUCGUCUGUCUCUCUUGACAUCACCGCAGCUCCACCCCUUCCCAUCCCAGCCCCCAACGCCAGCUUCCUGUGGGCCCAGAGCCGGCAUGAACUCUCCCACCGAGUCGGCAGAUGGGAUGUCAGGCCGGGAACCAGCCUUGGAAAUUCUGCCUCGGACCCCUCUACACGGCAUCCCUGUGGCAGUGGAGGUGAAGCCAGUGCUGCCCGGAGCCAUGCCCAGCUCCAUGGGGGGUGGGGGAGGAGGCAGCUCCAGCCCCGCGGAGCUGCGGGGGGCUCUGGCAGGCCCUGUGGACCCCGCACUGAGGGAGCAGCAGCUGCAGCAGGAGCUCCUGGCGCUCAAGCAGCAGCAGCAGCUGCAGAAGCAGCUCCUGUUCGCUGAGUUCCAGAAACAGCAUGACCACCUGACAAGGCAGCAUGAGGUCCAGCUGCAGAAGCACCUCAAGCAGCAGCAGGAGAUGCUGGCGGCCAAGAGGCAGCAGGAGCUGGAGCAGCAGCGGCAGCGGGAGCAGCAGCGGCAGGAAGAGCUGGAGAAGCAGCGGCUGGAGCAGCAGCUGCUCAUUCUGCGAAACAAGGAGAAGAGCAAAGAGAGUGCCAUCGCCAGCACUGAGGUGAAGCUGAGGCUCCAGGAAUUCCUCCUGUCGAAGUCAAAGGAGCCCACGCCAGGCGGCCUCAACCAUUCCCUCCCACAGCAUCCCAAAUGCUGGGGAGCCCACCAUGCUUCUUUGGACCAGAGUUCCCCUCCCCAGAGUGGCCCCCCUGGGACACCUCCCUCCUACAAAUUGCCUUUGCUUGGGCCCUAUGACAGCCGCGAUGACUUCCCCCUCCGCAAAACAGCCUCUGAACCCAACUUGAAAGUGCGUUCGAGGCUAAAGCAGAAGGUGGCUGAGCGGAGAAGUAGUCCCCUCUUGCGACGCAAGGACGGAACAGUCAUUAGCACCUUUAAGAAGAGAGCUGUUGAGAUCACUGGCGCUGGGCCUGGGGCCAAUUCUCCCGUAGUGUCGUCCGUGUGUAACAGCGCGCCAGGUUCCGGCCCCAGCUCUCCCAACAGCUCCCACAGCACCAUUGCUGAGAAUGGCUUUACUGGCUCAGUCCCCAACAUCCCCACCGAGAUGCUCCCCCAGCACCGGGCCCUCCCUCUGGACAGCUCCCCCAACCAGUUCAGCCUCUACACGUCUCCCUCUCUGCCCAACAUCUCCCUAGGGCUGCAGGCCACAGUCACUGUCACCAACUCACACCUCACCGCCUCCCCGAAGCUGUCAACGCAGCAGGAGGCCGAGAGGCAGGCCCUCCAGUCCCUGCGGCAGGGUGGUGCACUGACGGGCAAGUUCAUGAGCACAUCCUCCAUCCCUGGCUGCCUGCUGGGCGUGGCGCUGGAGGGCGACAGCAGCCCCCACGGUCACGCCUCCCUACUGCAGCACGUGCUGCUGCUGGAGCAGGCUCGGCAGCAGAGCACCCUCAUUGCUGUGCCACUCCACGGGCAGUCCCCGCUGGUGACAGGUGAACGUGUGGCCACCAGCAUGCGGACAGUGGGCAAGCUUCCACGGCACCGGCCCUUGAGCCGCACGCAGUCGUCCCCGCUGCCCCAGAGCCCCCAGGCCCUGCAGCAGCUCGUCAUGCAGCAGCAGCACCAGCAGUUCCUGGAGAAGCAGAAGCAACAGCAGCUGCAGCUGGGCAAGAUCCUCACCAAGACUGGGGAGCUGUCACGGCAGCCCACCACCCAUCCCGAAGAGACGGAGGAGGAGCUGACCGAGCAGCAGGAGGCCUUGCUUGGGGAGGGAGCCUUGACCAUCCCCCGGGAAGGCUCCACGGAGAGCGAGAGCACGCAGGAAGACCUGGAGGAGGAGGAGGAGGAGGAGGAGGAAGAGGAGGAGGAAGAGGGGGAGGAGGACUGCAUCCAGGUCAAGGAUGAGGAGGGCGAGAGUGGCCCUGAGGAAGGGCCCGACUUGGAUGAGUCCAGUGCUGGUUACAAAAAGCAGGUGUUCUCCGACGCCCAGCAGCUGCAACCACUUCAGGUGUUCCAGGCGCCCCUCAGCCUGGCCACUGUGCCCCACCAGGCCCUGGGCCGCACCCAGUCCUCACCUGCUGCCCCCGGCGGCCUGAAAAGCCCCCCAGACCAGCCCGCCAAGCACCUCUUCACCACAGGUGUGGUCUACGACACGUUCAUGCUGAAGCACCAGUGCAUGUGUGGGAACACACACGUGCACCCUGAGCACGCCGGCCGGAUCCAGAGCAUCUGGUCGCGGCUGCAGGAGACGGGCCUGCUUAGCAAGUGUGAGCGGAUCCGGGGUCGCAAAGCCACACUGGACGAGAUCCAGACGGUGCACUCUGAGUACCACACCCUGCUCUAUGGGACCAGCCCCCUCAACCGACAGAAGCUGGACAGCAAGAAGCUGCUGGGCCCCAUCAGCCAGAAGAUGUAUGCCGUGCUGCCUUGCGGGGGCAUUGGGGUGGACAGUGACACUGUGUGGAAUGAAAUGCACUCCUCCAGUGCUGUGCGCAUGGCAGUGGGCUGCCUGGUGGAGCUGGCUUUCAAGGUGGCCUCAGGAGAGCUCAAGAAUGGAUUUGCCAUCAUCCGGCCCCCGGGACACCACGCUGAGGAGUCGACAGCCAUGGGUUUCUGCUUCUUCAACUCUGUAGCCAUCACAACCAAACUCCUGCAGCAGAAGCUGAACGUGGGCAAGGUUCUCAUCGUGGACUGGGACAUUCACCAUGGCAAUGGCACCCAGCAAGCGUUUUAUAAUGACCCCUCUGUGCUCUACAUCUCCUUGCAUCGCUACGACAACGGGAACUUCUUUCCAGGCUCGGGGGCCCCUGAAGAGGUUGGCGGAGGGCCGGGCGUGGGGUACAAUGUGAACGUGGCAUGGACGGGAGGUGUGGACCCCCCCAUCGGAGACGUGGAGUACCUAACGGCCUUCAGGACAGUGGUGAUGCCCAUUGCCCACGAGUUCUCACCUGAUGUGGUCCUGGUCUCUGCCGGGUUUGAUGCUGUUGAGGGACACCUGUCUCCACUGGGUGGCUACUCUGUCACUGCCAGAUGCUUUGGCCACUUGACCAGGCAGCUGAUGACUCUGGCAGGGGGCCGGGUGGUGCUGGCCCUGGAGGGAGGCCACGACUUGACCGCCAUCUGUGAUGCCUCUGAGGCCUGUGUCUCGGCUCUGCUCAGUGUAGAGCUGCAGCCCUUGGACGAGGCAGUCUUGCAACAAAAGCCCAACAUCAACGCAGUGGCCACGCUAGAGAAAGUCAUCGAGAUCCAGAGCAAACACUGGAGCUGCGUCCAGAGGUUCGCGGCUGGUCUAGGCCGUUCCCUGCGGGAGGCCCAGGCAGGUGAGACGGAGGAGGCGGAGACUGUGAGCGCCAUGGCCUUGCUGUCAGUGGGGGCAGAGCAGGCCCAGGCUGCUGCAGCCCGGGAGCACAGCCCCAGGCCGCCAGAGGAGCCCAUGGAGCAGGAGCCUGCCCUGUGACACCCUGGCCCCCAUUCCUCUGGGCUUCAUCAUUGUGAUUUUGUUUAUUUUUUCUAUUAAAAACAAAAAGUCACACAUUCAA